CGAAAAGAAGCCAUGGGAACCCGUCACAUCCAAAAUGUGCUGUUCCUCUUUCUCCUAGGAGCCUCCUCCUUGACGUUGGCUCAAAAUUUGUAUUGUCACAAGGGUAUAUCCAUGAGUAUAGAAGAGGAUCCAAGCAGUACAUUUAACUGGACCACCGAGAAAGUUGAGACUUGUGACAAUGGGGCACUUUGCCAGGAAUCCGUGCUGAUAAUUAAAUCAGGGGCCAGGACAGCAGUUUUGGCCACUAAGGGCUGCAUCUCCGAAGGAACCCAGUCAGUAACGUUUGCCCAGCACUCUCCACCCCCCGGCAUAAUCACAGUCUCUUACAGUAACUACUGCGAGGAUUCCCUUUGCAACAACCAGAAGAACUUAGUUGAGUUAUGGAGACCAGAUGUGACCCCAGCUUCCAAUGUGUCAACAACCCUCCAUUGCCCAACCUGUGUGGCUUUGGGGACCUGUCUGAGAGCGCCUGCUCUUCCCUGUCCCAAAGGUACAGAUCGAUGUUAUCAAGGAAAACUUCGGAUCAUUGGAGGAGACAUCAACUCAGCUUUGGAGGUCAAAGGCUGUACAUCCGUAACUGGUUGCAGGCUGAUGUCUGGAAUCCUCACGAUAGGCCCCAUGUGGGUGAAUGAAAUGUGUCCAUACCAGACUCUCAUUCAACCCCGAAAGAUCGAAAAUGGGGCCCCCUGGCUUCCCAUUUCAGUUGGGAGGUUUGAAUUCCUGCUGCAGCUGCUGUUGCUGCCAUUGCUCGUCCUUUUCUCCUGA